AUGCGCGUCCUACUGCUUCUCACAGCAUAUGGUCCUACAGCGCCCAUCGCCUCAUUUACCGCCACUUCGAAGCUGGACUUUUAUACCGGCACAAAGACGCAGCGAGUAGACGACGCAACGGCUAUACCAACAGGACCGUACCAGACCUACACUGGCCGGAUCACGCUCGGCAAUCCAGAGACGGACACGCCUACCAGCGGCAGCUAUACCGCAUCCUACACGCCCACCGUCACUGUCACCAACAACGUCACGACCACAACGACUGUCAAGCCAACAAAUACACAGCCCUGUAACAACUACGUCGAGCUAUGUACGCGCAAGUACUCCAACAUCACAAAUGUUGGCUGCCACAACUCCCCGUUCGUCCGCCCUGGCAACUCGGGCUCCAACCAGGAGCUGCAUGUCAAACAACAGCUGGACGACGGCGUCCGCUUCAUCCAGGCCCAAAUUCAGUUCCCUGAGGGUAGCAACGUCCCCCACUUCUGCCACUCGACCUGUGAUCUGCUCGACGCCGGUCCUAUCACAGAUUGGCUGGGCGAUGUCGCGGAUUGGGUGGAAGCCCAUCCCUACGACGUGGUCACUAUCCUUCUUGGCAACGGGAACUACUCUGCUCCCUCCGUGUAUGCACCAUAUAUCCAGAAGACGGGCAUUCUGAAGUACACCUACGAGGCGCCUUACCUCCCCAUGAAGCUCGACGACUGGCCAACCCUGGAAAACCUCAUCCUCCGGGGGAAGAGGGUGAUUAUGUUCAUGGACUACAACGCAAACCAGCAGGAGUACCCGUGGCUCCUGGACGAGUUUGCCCAGAUGUGGGAGACGCCCUUUGACCCACAGGACCGCGACUUUCCCUGCACGGUCCAGCGGCCACCCAACCUGAGUGAGAAGGACGCCAAGGACAGGCUGUAUCUGAUGAACCACAACCUCAACGUCGAAUUCAACGUGUUUGGCGCCUCCCUCCUCGUCCCGGCGGUCAGCCUGCUCAAUGUGACAAACAACGUCACAGGGUACGGUAGCUUGGGCGUCACGGCGAAUCAAUGCAGGGAGGACUGGGGCCGCGCACCCAACAUUCUCAACGUGGACUACUACAACUACGGUGACCCCCCUGGCAGCGUGUUCGAGGUCGCCGCGCAGAUGAACAACGUGACCUACGACUGGAACUGUUGCGGUAUCGAGAAGGGCUCUGCGUCCUCGCCACUGGUCAUCGGCCUGUCUGGUUGGCUGGCACUGAUGGCCUUGCACAGUGUGCUUCUGUUUUAG